GAAUUAUGAAGGUUCAAAUCAAACUAAACCAGAAGUAAUUGACCUAGAUCAUAUAGCAUCACCACCACAUAGCAAGCGGGACACAAGGCGUGAUGGGUAUUCAACUAGUUCUUCCAGAAAAAGAUCACCUAGGAAAAGUAGUAGAGAUCGUCAGCGAGAACGUGAAAAAGAACGUGAACGAGAUAGAGAAAGAAGAAAAAAACAUUUACCUCCCUUUAAAAGAAAUCAUUUAGCUGUUGUAAGUACAACUCUUUGGGUUGGUCACCUUUCUAAACUAGUUCAUCAAGAUGACUUGUAUGGAUUGUUUCAACCAAUUGGUGAUAUUGUAUCACUAAAUUUAAUUUCACCAAGAGGAUGUGCAUUUCUGUGCAUGAAUAGAAGACAAGAUGCUGCACGUAUCAUGAAUAAAUUUCAAGGAGAAAGAUUACAAGGAAGACCUAUGACUAUUGCUUGGGCUCCUGGGCAAGCCAUGAAAGAUAAAGAAUGGAAAGAUUAUUGGGAAAUUGAAGAUGGUGUUUCAUAUAUACCUUGGGAAAAACUCAACAAAGAUAUUGAUUAUGAUGAACUUGAAGUUGGAGGCAU